AUGGCCAUGAAGAAGAGAGAAUCGACCAAACCCAAGAAUACCAAGGCUGCCGCGGCCGACUCCUCGACCUCUGCAACAACAUCAAAAACUGGCGAGAAGAGACAACUGCCCUUAGACUUUAGUCGCCAUGCUGUUCAAGUAAAAAAAAUAUCGCCAUCACAAGAAAACGCCACCAACAUCACCAGUCCUUCGAGUCGCUGGAAAAUACCUCCCUCGACCUCGGCACCCUCAUUAUCAAACCCCCCAGUGAUCAGGGUGAAUCUUGUAGCAUCCAGAAAGUGUAGAGAAUCCCUGGAGGAAGGGAGCGCCUAUUCAAUUGAGACGGAAACCAAGGCGGCUGCAGGAGAUUGGACCGGAAAUGACGAAGAUCAGGAUUGCCUGAAUGGUACUUUGAACGGAGACGGCGACGACGAGGAUGAUAGUGACGACAGUGCAGUUGUGAGACGCCGGAAGGAUUACGGUCAUCUCGAUAGAGACGCGGACUGCGAGAACGACUCAUUAUUGGAGAUCAAGGCGGAAGACACACUCGAUGUGAGCGAGCUAUUGCAGAUCAAGCCUGAGCCGGAGGACGAGAAUAAGAACGCAUUGGAUCAGGUUCUUCCACCACGGUUUCGCUGGAAGACCGUCUACGUCGCAGCAUUCGAACUCGCCCUGGACACGGUACUCCCAGAAGAGUCAUCUCUCUUUACGGACGAGGAGCAUUCGCUUUUUGAGACCUAUCGAGAACUCCCAGACGAUCCAAAGCACCUGUUUGUUCGACUAUUCCUGCGGAACCAAAAGUACUGGCAGCGACAGUCCAAACUGGAGGGUCGGUACCGGGAAAUCGAAGACUUGAAAUCUGCAAUACAGCAGCUGAUAACAGCUGGAUUACUGAUAGAUCAGAGUGCAAUGCAGGAUCCGGAGGAGGCGCUUGUUAUGCUCACAAUGGACGAACUCAAGAUAUUGGCGCGAAGGAUCGGGAUAUUGGAAAAGUUGUCAGGAAUACAGAGAAGUGCGCUUGUGUCUACAAUCUUGGAACACUUUCGGCAGCAAUCGUUCAUAUUCAAGAGAAUGCUGCUUGCGCCUGGCGGAGCACCGGAUGGCGAAGGCAAGGGUCGGAAGACAGGAUUGGCAACCCAUAUUUUCUCGGGCGAUCCUAACAAGCGAGACAAUGCCCUUGUCGACAGGAUCAUCGAUAUUUCAGGUCCGUGUAUCAAAAUAUUCCCAAAUAUCAUGAAGGUCUUCGAGCGCCUCCAUCUGGUAUUUUAUCGUGCUCGAGAGUACUCGGAACGGCCCGCACUCCUGGAAGCCAUCCUCGCCAAAAUUGGCCAGCGUACCUUCCCUACAUACGACAUCACGCGUACCAGUACGGUAUUUCCAAGCCGGGACACACUCCUGAAGUACGAGGCAGCUUUGAAGCUCUAUUUCGAUCUCUCAGAAAUGAUCGAAUCCGCGAUGGGGCCCGGCAAGGACGCAGUGGUAUAUGUGAAGGAUGGCGAGCAGGACAAAGAGAAUGGCGGACCAAAUAUUCAUCGACGAUCAAGUAAUGUGCGACCGGUCAAAAAACCUGAAAGCGAGAGCGGCAAUGGCGAUAAUAACAGGACAGGCCAAGAGGAGAAGGAUCCGGAGCGCGAGCGAAGGCGACUUGAGGUUAUCAAGAUAUACGAGAAGGUUAUUCAGGAGGCAGAGGGAAUCAGGGACGCGUGGAGGAGCUAUGUUGCAACAGAGACCGAGAUGUCUAAAAAAAGUUCGAGCUACUUUUUAUUGCGCUUCUCUCCAGGCUGGGUAUAUACACAGAUUCUCAGGCUGGAAAUGCGUGCACUCGCAUUUCUGAAGCGCUUCGAAGAAGAGUCGAUCUUGUUACACGAGCUGCUAGACCAACAUAUUUAUUCAUUGGGCCAGAGAGGUGGGUGGUAUGAGCGUCUCGCUUUGAUCAAGUCCAAUUAUGCCUAUAAUAAGCGACUCGGAAAACAAGAGGCGCUUCAGGUGUGUAUGAUGGCACUGCGCGACAAGCAUGUUCAUGCAGUGGACGCGACACUUAUACAAGCAAGAAUCGUCCGACUGGAGACAGAGCUCAAGGUUCCUUUUCGAGACCGCCACAAUUUCUCAUACCUUGAACUUCGGAAAGCACAGAAGCGUAUCCUGACAGGUGAACGACUUAAUACCCCAGGAACAGCUGCUCCAUCCUACGCCUCCUCCCAUGGAUACUCGUACGUCCCCAGCUCUAUGGGCUCUUCUCAUCCAAUCGCACACCAAAGGCCCCUUUGGAGAAAUAUUGACGGCUCUGAAUGUUCUGUGGAGGAACUUGCGCUCAGCUACUACGGCACACUCGGAUACAGAGGCUAUCAUUCUGAGAACAGCAUCCUGUCAACCCUAUUUGGGCUACUGCUCUGGGAUAUCUUGUUUUCUCCACAACCCGGUGUCUUUGAGACCUCAUUUCAAAGUGAGCCUCUAGAUCUACGGACGGAUGCGUUUUUCUUGCAAAGGCAGGAUAUGAUUAUGGAGAGGAUUGAAAAUAUUGCAAAGUCGAAGAUCCUUGACGAAUCCGAGGUAUCGUUCAAGACUACAGUAGAGUCGGCGGCGAUCAGAAAGGAGAUUAUGGAGCACGAGUCCUUAGAGCAUGAAGCGGAGGGGGAGGACGAGCCUUUGGUCAAUCAAAGAAGGCAAAAUAGGCCGGAUCCAAGGCCGGCGGACCAGGAAUUAAUGAACAAUAUCCUAUUUGAGGAAGAAAUCAACCAAGAAUUGAAUCAGGCAGAGGAGGAUCCCGAGAGUCGACGAGCGGAAGAGGCGCGCAAAGAGUUCUUGGCACGAAAACGAAAGGAGUGUUUUUAUUUGAACUUACUGCAGAAACACGAUGAUUUAUACCGCGAGAAGAAGGUAUUCUGCGUAGGGGUCAACUGGAUGUUUUCCAAGGAGGAACUCCUGCAGAUUGCAGAGUGCAUCGGCGGAGAUGCGUUAUCGGAGAUUUGCAAGACCUUAGCGCAGGAGUACAGCAAGCGUUGUUCGGGCAUGCCGGACUUGUGCUGUUGGGAUUAUAACAAGAAACUGGUCAAGUUCGUGGAAGUCAAGGGUCCCGCUGAUCGACUAUCGUCCAAGCAGCGGGUCUGGAUCGAUCUACUGACGUCGCUUGGCAUCGAUAUCGAGCUUUGUCUUGUGCAAGUCUCCAAGGCCGAGGAUGCAUUCUUAGAAGAACGAGAGGCCCAGAACUAGCCCAAAAAUUAAAAAUUAAAC